AUGGGUGUUCACCAGACUUGCUACGGCAUCUCUGAGAUUCCGACCAAGGAAUGGUACUGUAGCCCGUGCUCAGCUGGUGUUCACCCGUCUACCUUGGCGUGUCGUUUCUGCCCCAAUCGAGGGGGCGCGCUCAAGCGUUGCACGGACGGGAGUUGGGGCCACAUUCUUUGCGCCUUCUGGAUCCCGGAGUGUUGCUUCUUAGAUCCACAAAAAAUGGAGCCGAUCGGAAGCAUCAACAGACGGGGGCAGGCCGGCGGGGUAGAAAAAUUCCUGCCAAGCUUUCGCUCUAGAAAAUGCCACGUUUGUGGGACUAGCGGCGGAUCGGCCAUCCGUUGCCACAGCGCUUCGUGUAAGUUCCAUCUCCAUCCCAUGUGCGGGAGCAAGGCCGGGAGCGUCUACAUGGAAAUCGAGACCACGAUGAAAAGAGGUGUCGACGGCACAGAACAUGAGAGCGUGAACCUCGUAGCAAAGUGUCCCAGGCACAACAAGAGCAAGGUUUACGGCAGAGCUGGCAAGGGCCGUUCCGCGGUCGCCUCGGCUGCCGACCCCUUGUCGGUGAUGGGUAAGACAAUCGAGAUCACAGACCCGGAGCGGGAUGGGGCUGUCGCGCUGGUGGGGAAAGUGACGUGGUUCGACCCCAAUCGGUCGAGAUACUGCAUCGUCACGUCUCGUCGAGUCGGUGGUGACGGCGAUAGCUGCGACAGUGGAGAACCGAAGGAAAGCCGUACACACUGGAUUGCGGCGAAGAAGCUAAUCGAAGCCAAGGCCGUGGGCCUCCACAAGAACGGGAAAACUUUCGCGUUAGAACCGUUGCCUUCGUGGGAAGAACAUAGAACGGAGACGGACACGGACAGUGGGGGCCAAGACAGUGAUGUGAAAGUGGAACAGGAGGAACAUGAGAAAGUAGCACAAGAUAGCAGCGGGCUGACGGCGGAGGAGCAAGGCGAGAAAAAGGAGGCCAACAGCAAGGAUGCUGCACACUUGGACAAGACGAAACCAGAAAUGGAACAUGGGGGAACAACCACGGUCGGGAAGCGCCGAAGGACGGACCCAACAGAUUCAUCGAUACCAUCAGAUGAGUCUCCGGCCAAACGCACGGCCCGCGUCGGAGUGCAGUCGCGGCAAGCACGGGCGUCCCUAGGGCUAGACUCGCACAACCUGCAGCCCGAAGCGGAAUCCUCACUCUCGCCGUGCUUACAAGGGUCUUGUGCCGAAAUGGAGGGAAGGAGGAUGGCUGCACGCCAUCCAAUUCAGGAGCCAAGUCGGCUGUUACCCUCUGUCCAUCUUGCAGAACAACCCGACCCGUUCUCCAGGUACCCGAUACGCGGUAGACUGAGGCGCCCAACAACCCCUGUCCCCGACCCCAAAGAGCCACAAGCGCUGGAGGACGUUCCCCGGACCAAGAGGCAACGGCGAGGGGAGGAUCCAGGGCACAGAGUUGCCGUUGCAGCGGACGCCGGUUCAGGUCCUUCGUCCAGCAUGGGGCUGACGUGGCCCGGAGAUGCCGUUGUCGCCGGCGCUUGCAAUGAACCAGCCCCGGAAAAUAGCGACGGUGCGCAAUCCCGCUUUAUUCCGCAAGCACGACCCUCCAUUGAAGUACGGACGGUGAGUGCAGCGGAAGCCGAGCAGUGUGAAGGUGGCUCAGCUUAUGUCCUUGAGCCCGGCUGGCCGCACGGGAUGCAAUUGCUCGCGCACGUUCCUGUAAUGCGCGUUCGGACCGUUCUUGUGCCUGGUGGCGGGGAGGCAACGUAUUAUGCCAGCGCCUAUGCCAGCGCAGAGAGCGUCAUCGGUAACAUGCGAUCUGCACCUAGGUCCACGUUCCGGUUCGAAGAGUUAGGAGAACUGAGUUUGACCGAUCGCGUCAAAGAGAGACCGGCGCAACGGGGCACCAUGGCCGACUUCCUUGACGAUCACCCGGAACGAUCUUGCCAGCCUGACGGAACACGCGAGGCGCGGGAAUGUGAAAGCAGCGCACAGGGUGACUCGGGCAACUUCUCCCCUUCGCGGAUAGCAAGACCGGGUGAAUUGCAGACCCAACAAGCAAAGGAACGCGAAGAAGAGCCACCGGUAGACGAGGCAAGCAGUGUAUCAGCCGAUGAUGACGAGGAGGAGGAGGAGGAGGACGGAGAAAUCACUUCCCUGUUCGAUGUACGAGCAGGCGUCAUGCCCCCUAGCCCCGGCAGUGGCAAAACCAUCGAUGAUGGCGGUGUGGAAAUGGCACCGGGUAUAGGCGGCCUAGUGGCGGAGGAGGAGACGGGGAGACAAGGCUUGCUCGCUCAUGAUGUGCACCACAGCAGCCAAUCGAACACGAGUGAUGACAGCAAUAACGCUACCAAAGCAACAGACGUGGAAGAGAUGGAAGUUUCGAGCGAUGGUGGAUCGUACUGCGGCUUUGAAAUAGCGGAGGCUGCGUCGCCAUGUAUCUCCGACGACGAAGACGACGUACGUUGGGGAAGGUCUGAUGAUCGUGGAGACGCUAACGGGACCACGAGUGCGCUUCCUCCGUCGUCUUCGAGCCAAGUGGGCACUGCUGCCAACCUGCAGGAAAGGCUGUCAGAACUGGCUGAUUGUGUGGAGGAUUCGAAAUCUGCUGCCGAUACUGUCUCGAAAGACACAAAUCCUGCUGAUGAUCCGUCUAUCGGUUCCGCGGCAACGGUCGAGCAGGCGCUACCUGACACUUGUGAAGACGGUAACACGUCGAGGCAUCGACAAGAGGGCUCUACGGUGGAAAAGGAGCCGGAGAUAACUCUAAAGCCACCGCCCGCGCCGCAGCAGACGGGCGUGACCUUGGCCCUCCGUGCCAUCGUUCGAGAGCAGCUCCAGGGCGUCCUGCGAUCGGCCAGCAAGGGUGAGGAGGCGGCGCUUGCGAACGGAAACGGAAAUGAGGUGAUCGAAGAAAUUGCAACGGGUGCCGAGGAGGAGUUGUUCGGCCGCCUCUACAAGGACAGCACGGGCGGGCGGGAGUAUAAGGCCAAAUACAAGCAGUUGCUGCUCUCGCUGGGGAACGUCCGGAACUACCGCCUGGUUGCAUCGGUGCUCGCUGGCAAUACAACUCCGGUUGAUUUGGCCACGAAGGAUGCGGUGGGUCUUCUGAAUUCACUCAGCUCCAGCCUCAACUGUCUUGCGAUCCCUCUGGCCGGUCGGCACCGGCAGAACUUCCAACCUAGCUCUCCGGCCGGGAAUGGCCGCAACGGGAGCGGUAAACGCCGCGGCAGGAUGGUGUUGCUAUAAAUUCGUUUUGAUAAUCAAACGCGCGAUGGGUUUCGUAGCCGUUGCCUGUCUGGGGCCAACAAGUACAGCAGGAAGUGGAGAAGAACCUGCGAGAAGUUGGAGUCGUCACGCAUUGUAGAUAUGAGAGCACUGCCGACAUGGAUCCCGGCGAGAUUUAAAACGAGUUUGCAAUUCUG